GCAGCGCUUCGCUUUUUGAAUUGAGCUCUGUCGGGCACUGUACUGCAGUACACUUACAAAAUGAUAAACAAUGUUGUGGCUGGUUUUGUGGUCCGGUUCUGUGUAAACGUAUCAUUAAAAGAAGCGUGACUUGUGAAUGGAGACUCUGCGGGGGUGUCGCUGGUUUAGCGGGGAGCUGUGGCGGCUGUUAGCCUCAGGUGCUAACGUUAGCCACUUCCUAACGUUAGCCACUUCCUAACGUUAGCCACUUCCUAACGUUAGCCAGAUCCUAACGUUAGCCAAUUCGUAACGUUAGCCACUUCCUAACGUUAGCCAGUUCCUAACGUUAGCCAGAUCCUAACGUUAGCCAGUUCCUAACGUUAGCCAGAUCCUAACGUUAGCCAAUUCCUAACGUUAGCCAAUUCCUAACGUUAGCCACUUCCUAACGUUAGCCAGUUCCUAACGUUAGCCAGUUCCUAACGUUAGCCAGAUCCUAACGUUAGCCAGUUCCUAACGUUAGCCAAUUCCUAACGUUAGCCAGUUCCUAACGUUAGCCAGAUCCUAACGUUAGCCAGUUCCUAACGUUUGCCACUUCCUGUUCAAUUUUGUAACAGUUCGGUAACAAACUUAUACAAGUUUAAAUCACAGAGGCGAUGACUUUCAAGCCGGGAAACGACGAAACAGCGCGAGGCUCCGCACGCUGAAGGUGAAGGUGAGUCGUUCCUGCAGCCGUGAUGUCAGCUGUACGCCGCUCAGUGUCCGAGGCGUUCUGGGCAAUGUGUGUGGCGGACUCCAUGUCCAUGCCAGUCCACUGGUACUACAACGUCCAGGACAUCAGGAGGGACUUUGGAGGAUGGAUUUCAGGCUACAACUCACCUGCAGACAGACACCCGUCCAGCAUCCUGACCCUGUCCAACACCGCGGGUAGCGGUCGGACCGCCUGGUCUUCCGGGGCAAAGCGGGCUGACGUGGUUGGCAGCGUCAUCCUUCAUGAUAAGUUGGACUUGUGGAAGUCCUCCAAUGGUUCAGUCCACUACCACCGAGGUCUUCAGGCGGGGGACAACACGCUGAACGUCCUCUGUUCCCUCCGAGCAGCUCGGACACUCGUCGCUGGACGUUUCGCCGACGUUUCCCAACCGGAUGCUCGAGCUGCCGUUCUGUCGGACUACAUCCAGUUUAUGACCACGCCCGGCUCGCACGCUGACACAUACGCUGAGUCAUUCCACCGCUCGUUCUUCGCCGACUGGCAGGACAGCAGACCGACCUCUCCCCGCGAGGUUCUGAUGUUUGCAGAGAAGCGCUCCAGCCACAAACUGAGCUCCUCCUUCCCUGACAGCCAGCUGGACGCCAUCGGCUGCCUUCCCAUGAUCCUCCCCUUCAUCUUGCUGUCUGCCUCGGCCAAUGAGGAGCAAGCGGUUUCAGCAGCUGUGGAGUUCGUGAAGCUCACCCAUCCUCACCCCAAAGUUCCAGAGUACGUGUCGAUCUACAGCCGGGCGCUGCACGCCGUGCUGGGCGGGGCCAGCAUCCGCCAGCAGGCCGAGCAUGCUCUGAGGAGUCUGGACGCCUGGGAGACCUGCCAGAGCUACAGCCGCAAGGCCACCAGGUUUCCUGCAUCCUCCGAGGAGAGACUGAAGGUCCACCAGAGCGCUGUGAACUACCUCGGCCUGGCCUGCUACAACAAAGGAGCGUUGUCCAGCCUGUUCUACCUGGCUCACGAGUUCCACGACGACCCCAGAGGAGGGAUCCUGGCCAACACUAACUGUGGAGGUGAAAACUGUAACCGUGGGGCCGCGCUCGGGGCCCUGCUAGGGGCCGGAGCUGCCUACGCUGGAGCCGGCGUCCCACAAGAGUGGAAAGAUCAAUUGAGAGACGGCCAGGAGUUGAUGCCGGACAUCCUGAAGAAGAUGGAAUGAAGCAGCACCGUUGCCCCCGGAGGAGAGGAGCGGAACUGCAGCUUCUAGAUUAAAAUACUUCCUGUUUACAAUCAGUACACCUCUUAUUCCAACAGAAUUACUUUAAGCUAUUAUUAAAUAAUCACAUUUCUUUUGUAAUUAUAUUUUCAUUAUAGAAUAAAAAGUUAAUUAUUAAGAAGAAAAUUAAAUUAAAACCUCUUAAAAUGUAUGAUAACUGAAUUUUACUGAAUAUUUAUUGUUUUUUGCUUGAACAUGUUUCCUGUAUGAAGCCUCCACAGCCUUGAAAUGAAAUUAACAAAUAAACACGUUAAAUGCUUGUAUGAAAAAUAAACUAUGAUCUAAAUGA